GAGGGAAAGUACAGGUACGGACCAUUCCACUCAAUUACCAGCUGCCAUACACAACACAGCCAUGGCGGGGAAGCUAGUGGUGCUGGUGACACUUGUGGCGGCGGCGACGGCGACCUCCACCUCCCAUGUGUCCAUCAAGUUCGGGGACGCCGACGUGGAGUACGAGAGCAACCAUGUACCGGAACAUCCCCCCGCGGUGCCCUACCACCCCAAGCCGCACUACGCACCCCACCCCGCCCCCGUCUACCACCCGGAGCCUGUCUACCACCCAGAGCCCGUUUACCACCCAGAGCCUGUCUACCAUCACCCCGAACCUUACCACGAGCCUGAGAUCCCCGCCUGCGCCGAUCUAACCAACGACACCUACUGUCUGGAGGACGAGGAAUACCCGGAGUAUGAGAUCAAGCACGCCAUCCAGUACCACCUGGACAAGUUCAACCACCUGUACGCCGACGUGGCUGACCUCAACACCGAGCUGUCCGUGGAGCGGCCUGACAACAUCGACGAGGAGACCUACCUCUGCCCCUCCGUCACUGCCUACAUCAGGCCACUUCGUGCCAUCAACACGGAGGGUAAGUGGCGCGUGGUGGUGAACGAAAUUCAACUUCACUACAAGACCUUCACGCAGACCACCCGCGUGGAGGAUUGCCUCACUGCCGGCGACCCCUGCCCCAAGGUGCCCCUCUGCUACGACUCCUCCUGCCUGCAGAAGUCCAUCUACCACCGGUUCCUAGUCUACGACCCCUAUGACCAGUACUUCCCCUUCGCUAUUGAGACCUUCAAGCUGCCCGCCAGCUGUGCCUGCCUGCUCGGCGGCUACACCCUCGACCACUAACGCCUUCUACCUCCAGGACCCGACCUGACCCAGAAAGAAGCAGACACACGAGUGAGGUGUCACUGUGCUUCCACCACGCGCUCCCCUACGUGAGAAGGCCAUGAUGAAGUCAAUCUUUAACUCAGGUAAAGUGAAACAGGUAAUGGUAGACUGAUCGUGUACAGGUGAGCGGUGAUUAGUUUAGGUACACGUACAGUAAGUAGAAGCAGCAGUAUUUAUAAAAGAAAAAAAAAAACACAUAACAUUAAUCUUCAGAAAGAAAAUUGAAGUAGGUAGAAUAUGACACAACUCAGCAUCCCACUCUUAUUAUUUUUCUCUUAGUAUUCCACACUCAAUGAAGGUUCCUGUGCACUAAACAGAAAACGAGAACACACGCCUCAUUCUCUCUCAAAACUCACAAACAAAAGACGGUACAACGAACGAAAAGAGAAGAGCAAAUAGAUUCCAAGGUGGUAUGUAAAGAAAGCAGUUCUCUAGUCAUCUCUGU